AUGAAGUUCUCCAUCGCUGCUGGCCUGUCUCUCUUGGGAGCGGCCAUUGCUGCUGAUCUGCCCUCCAUUGAGAUCAAGGGCAAGCACUUCUUCUACCCCAACGGUACUGAGUUCUUCAUCCGUGGUGUUGCUUACCAGGCCGACUACAACGCUCGCAACGGCGGUAGCGUCAAGAACGCCUACACCGACCCUCUGUCCAACCCCGACACUUGCAAGCGUGAUAUCCCCUACCUGCAGAAGCUGCGCACCAACGUCGUUCGUACUUACGCCGUCAACCCCAAUGAGUCCCACGCCGAGUGUAUGAACGCGCUUGCCGAUGCUGGUAUCUACGUCAUCAGCGAUCUUUCCUCUCCCGCGGAGUCCAUUGUCCAGGCCGACCCCACGUGGAACGCUGAUAUCUUCGAGCGUUACGCCGGAGUCAUUGAUGCUUUCCAGAGCUACUCCAACGUUAUCGGUUUCUUCGCCGGUAACGAGGUUGUCAACAACGCUAGCAACACUAAUGCCAUGCCCUUCGUGAAGGCCGCUGUCCGUGAUAUGAAGGCCUACAUCAAGGCCCAGGGCUACCGUGAUUCCAUUGCCAUUGGUUACGCCACUGAUGACGAUGCCAGUGUCCGUGAGAACAUCGCUAACUACCUGAUCUGUGACGACGCUUCCGAGGCUAUUGACUUCUUCGGUUACAACAUCUACGAGUGGUGCGGUGACUCCAGCUUCGCUGACUCUGGAUACAAGGACCGCACUGAGGAGUUCGCUGACUACCCCGUCCCUGCUUUCUUCUCUGAGUACGGCUGUGUCCAGGGCACUAAGCCCCGUCCCUUCACCGAUGUUCCCGUUCUUUUCGGACCCCAGAUGGAGGACGUCUGGAGCGGUGGUAUUGUCUACAUGUACUUCGAGACCGACAACCACUACGGUCUGGUUUCCGUCGACGGUGACUCCACCUCUGUCUCCACCAAGCAGGACUUCGACAACCUCUCCUCCCAGAUGAAGAAGGCCACCCCCACUGGUGUCUCCAUGAAGGACUACACUGUCUCCACUACCGUUGGCCGUAGCUGCCCUGCCACCACCUCCGACUGGCACGCCGCCACUGCUCUCCCCCCUGCCAUCAACAACGACCUUUGCUCGUGCAUGUACGACUCCCUGUCCUGUGUGCCUGUCAGCGACAUCAGCGAGAAGCAAUCCCAGAACGCCUACGACUACAUUGGUGGAAAGGACAAGAGCGCCUUCGACGGUGUCAGCGGUAACGGUAAGACCGGUGUCUAUGGUGCUUACAGCGGCUGUAGCGCCAACCAGCGUCUUGCCUGGGCCAUGGACCAGUUCUACUCCAAGAGCGGCGCUAGUGCCUCCGCCUGUGACUUCAGCGGUGCCGGUACCACAAAGAAGGCCUCCACCGCCAGCUCCUGCAAGUCCCAGCUCACUGCCGCUGGUACUGCUGGUACUGGUACUGUCGAUGCCACUCUCCAGGCUUCCGGUACUGGUGCCUCUGGCUCCGGCGGCUCCGGCUCCACCUCCAGCGCUGCUGGUGUUGCCCUCUCCGCUCCCCAGGCUGUCAACGUUGGUCUCCUGCAGACCAGCCUCUACGGUCUGGUUGCUCUGGCCACCGGUGUUUUCAUGAUUGCGCUGUAA